AUGAUGCUAUUUUCUAUUUUGUGCCCGAUAACAGUAUCAAUUCAUAUUUCCAUUGACUUUGGAUCUUUCAUGACUAAAUCGGCGGCAUUUAUUGAAAACGAACCACCACAUAUAUUGACAAAUUUGGAUGCGAAAAGACUAACACCGACAUUCAUCAGUUUUUAUGGUCCUAAACUCCCUGAUUAUGAUUAUUGUAGUGAUAUGAAUCAAUCUCUGGCUCAAAAUUUAGAACCCCAAAUCGGCAUGCAGGCAAUUCAUCAAUUAGAGAGUCGUCCAUGGAUGGGAACCGGAUUUUUACCACAGUUUGUUGAUGCUACUUCUAAUUACACAAACAUUUUUACAGAAAAGUAUUUUUUAUCUAAGAAAGCUGCUUGCUUAGAAUAUCUAGAUGUACUACCGAUAUAUUUCAGAUAUUACAUUAAUGAAAUUGCAAAAGGAAAUCAAGUUGAAUCGGUUACAUUAGCAGUUCCUGCUUAUUUUACUGUUCCCCAACGUCAAAUUAUUAAAAAAGCAUUAAACAUUGCCGGAUAUUCUAUUGUACAAAUUGUUGAUGAUGUUAAUGCUGUUGCAACCUUUUUUGGGUUUGAACGAUUUAAUCAGAUGAAACAUGAAAAGCCAAUGAUUUCAUUGUUUAUAGAUGUUGGUGCUGUCAAAUCAGAAGCAUACGCUGUAAACUUUUCCUUAACAAGAAAAGGCCAUAUCAGAGCAGAGCGACUUACCUACAGCUACAAUCAUUGUGGUAGUGCAGACAUAACUGCAAAGAUAGCUGAUAUCAUUGCAGAUGAAUACAACAUGAAAUUAACCAGAAGUGAGAUGAGAAGAAUAUUUGAUGCAGCAGAAAAGAUCAAAAACAUGCUUACUGUAUCGCAAACAGCCGAGGUAACGAUUGAAAACAUUAAUAGCCAAGAUAGAGUUGCCAAAUUUAAUAAAAAGCAAAUUGACAACAUUGCAAAACGACAAGACAAAUGCAUACAAGGCAUUAUUAAGGCGGCCAAACCAGCAAGAUAUGAUGAGAUCAACAUUAUUGGUGGUGGAACCCGUGUAAAUGCUAUUCAAGAUAUGUUUCUUAAGCAUGGAUAUGUUAGGAAACAGCUGAAUGCAGACGAAACAAUUGCAUUGGGUGCUUCUUACAUCUCGCAGCAGAAACGAAAACAAAUGCUAUCCACCCACGUCGAAGUUUACAACAAAUUCCAGCUUUAUUCUGUCACCAUUGAUGGAACUAAAGAAAGAAUUGGCGAGUGCACAAAAGGAAGAUUAACAUCAUCAGUUAAGUACUCUAGGAGACCUACAAGGUUCUUGACAUUCACAUACGGAAAGAACCAGACACAAAAUACAAAUACAACAACUUUCAAAUACAAGUUGGAGAAAAGAAUGAAUUCCAGUGUCAUACAUGUUAAUGAUGCUCCAUUCGAGCCGUCAAUAAUCACAGAUAAUGAGUUCAACCAAAUUGAAUUUGCGUACCAACACACUGCACGUUUCAAUCCAUCGGUCUUCAAUGUCAUUGUUUCUUCGGAUGAAGACAAAAGAAGAAUUGCAAACGCUAUUUCUCUACUUGAACACAAGGCGCAUGCAACACUCCACAAUCUUGAAUCAAAUCAGACAUAUAGAGAGUACACAAACCAGUCAACUCGACUGUCAAUCGUUGCUAGAUGCAGAAAAAUCAUUGAAUGGACACAACUAAACAUAAAUAACGCAUCCCUGCUAGAUGUUGAAGAACAGCAGAGCUACCUUGCAGAAGUACUCUCUCCCCUUGAAAAGAGAUUAAGAGAUACAGAAAUUAUUGACCAAGCCUUAGCUGUAUUCUUACAAUCACUGGAAAUUGCAGAAUCUUCUCUUGAAACUAUUCCAGUAAAAGAGAAAAGGAAAUUGAGCUCAAUAAUUCAGGAAAAUCAGAAAUGGUAUAACAUUAGAAAGGAUAUACCUGUAAAACUCGAUGAACAAAGACCCCUAACUCCUGCAGAUUUAAUGAAUCGCGCAAGAUACAUUUUGAAUUUUGUUAAUGAUGCAAAAGGCAUAAAGAAUACAGCAGUAGAUAUAGACGAAAGUGAAGAACUUUCAAAUAUAUUAUCCCAAUUUCUAUAA